AUGCAAGAUUGGGCCAAACUCGACCUGGCUAUGCUCCCCAUCGACGACCUUGUGCCAAGUGACCAGCCUUCAAACUCGGCCGGACCACCUGUCCACGAGAAACAAGAUGUGGCAACAGUGCAACAACGACAUGCAUCAAUCGCUGCGCCUCAUCUACGUCAAAGUCCGCUUGAUGUUCUCAGCUCGGCAGUAGAGAUGAUGGAAGGGCCACAAGCCAUGGUCCAGACCCAGCUCCAGCAUUCUCUGCAGCCUCAUGAAGCGACCAAUGCACGCCCAACUGUCUCGUCUGCCGUUGGUUCCGACACGCCCGCUAGAAACGUCGACAGUGCCCAUAAUGAUGGUCCUGCUGGGACAGAAACACGCGCUAUUGCUGGAAGGCGAUCGCGCUGGAAUAGCCCGGAGCUCGCUGACGACGAUACAGCGCCAAACAAUUCGGCCAAGCCGGACGCGCUCGACGCAGCGCACGAAGACAACGAGGCCAUGCCCCAUAGCCAGGCUACCAGCCUCACUGAUUUGCCUCCCCCCGCGCUGCCCCAAGCCAAGUCAUCUUCGGGUCGAAGAGCAGCUGCCAGAGAAGCCUGGCCAAAUCGAUGGAACCCAGCGAUCAAGCUGAAUUCGCUACCCAACUUUGCCUUUGUCAAAGCGUCGGAAGAAUACCUAAUGUCCGAAGAUAUGGCCUACGCAGAGCCUAUCAGCAACAAUGCAAUGCAACGGAUGACUGAACAUCUUCGCAAUGCAGCAAGCAAUCCGGUCGAACAUGAACGCUUCGAUGCUGCGUUUGCCACCCUCGAUGCUGCCACCCUCAACGUGUACCUCCAGCUCUUUUUCACCCACUGCUAUUCCUAUCUUCCCGCCAUUCACCAGGUCACCUUCCAUCCGGACCGGUGCGAUCCUCGGUUGCUAGCCGCACUAUGUGCUGUUGGCGCAUUCUUCUCGCAAGUGCCAGGCAGCCGGAACGCAGCCGUCUACCUCGCCAGUAUUGUCCAGAUGAGCGUGAGUCGUGCUACGCUCUCCAACAACGCACUCGCUCGCGUCACCUCAACUUUUCAGGCCGUCAUGCUUAUAUACAUGGUAUGGCGCAGUGUCGGCGUCCCGUCUCGUCAAGAGUACGCUGAAGCCUUCCGAGCCACCUACUGCACCAUGGUGCGACGCUGUAGACUGCUCGAGGACAUUUCACCUCCCAAGCUGCCUACCGACGCCACGAUUGAGAACCGCUGGAACGCUUGGAUUGCAUGGGAAUCGGGUCGACGCACCGCGUGGUCCAUCCUAGUCUCGGAAACCGAGCUGUCGCUUCAUUGGAACUUGCCAGAACCAUUUGCUCCCAACGAGCUGACGGGAAAGCUGCCGUGCAGCGACCGGCUCUGGGAAGCGCCGUCAGCAGUCGAGUGGGCUCAGACAGGAGCAGGCUAG